AUGAUCAUCCUCGGUAGAAAUGCACCCAAAACAUUGAGAUCACUCUGGUUGACGCCUUCGAACUCUUGUUCACAUCGGUUUUACUCGACUGAACUCAGUCUAAAGGCAACAUUUGAGAAGUGCAUCCCAGCAAAGCUUGAGCUAUUAAGAAAGCUCAAAGAUGUAAGUCACAAGACUGUUGGAGAUUUAAAGGUCGCAAAUGUUAUUGGAGGCAUGAGAGGACUACAGGCUAUAGUGUGGGAGGGAUCCGUUCUCGACGCUCAUGACGGAAUUAGAUUUCACGGGCGCACGAUCAAAGAGUGUCAGUCACAGCUCCCUAAAGGCACAACCGGUAAUGAGAUGCUUCCAGAGGCUAUGUUUUGGCUACUUUUGACCGGUCAAGUUCCGUCUGUAAGCCAGGCUCGACAAUUCUCUCGCGAGCUUGCAGAAAAGGCUGAAUUACCAUCGUUCGUCAAUCAAAUGUUAGACAGCUUCCCGAAGGAUCUUCACCCUAUGACCCAGUUCGCCAUGACAGUUUCAGCACUAUCCCACACGUCUGAAUUCGCAAAGGCAUACGAAAAAGGAAUAAGCAAAGCAGAUUAUUGGGAACCAACAUUCAACGACUGUAUAUCUCUUCUCGCAAAGCUUCCUACCAUCGCAGCUAAGAUAUAUCAUAACUCGUAUCGAAGAGGCCGUGAAUUUCCAGGAAAUAUUGACCUGGACAAUGACUGGUCUUACAACUUUGCCUCUAUGCUUGACAAAGGGGGGAAACAUAAUCAAGACUUUCAAGAUUUGUUGAGGCUCUACAUGGCUCUCCAUGGUGAUCAUGAAGGUGGUAACGUUUCAUCUCAUACAACUCAUCUAGUCGGAAGUGCAUUAAGUGAUCCAUUCCUAUCCUAUAGUGCGGGUUUACAAGGCCUUGCCGGACCCCUUCACGGACUUGCUGCCCAAGAAGUUCUUCGUUGGGUUUUACAAAUGCAAGACCAUGUUGGAGCUGAUUUUCGAGACGAAGAAGUCUCUGACUACCUCUGGUCAACGCUGAAAUCUGGUCGGGUAAUUCCUGGUUAUGGUCACGCUGUUCUUCGCAGGCCUGAUCCUCGAUUUGAAGCUCUCAUACAUUUCGCCUCUUCACGUCCUUCUAUAGCCAACAAUCCGCUAUUCCAGUUGGUAAAAAAGACCUCUGAGAUUGCACCCGAAGUCCUGAAAAAGCACGGCCGAACUCGUAAUCCUUAUCCCAAUGUCGACUCGUCAAGUGGCGUGUUAUUCCACCACUACGGGUUUAAAGAGACUUUGUACUACACAGUUACAUUCGGUGUUAGUCGGGGAUUAGGGCCUUUGGCACAGCUUAUCUGGGACCGGGCUCUCGGAAUGCCGAUUGAGAGGCCAAAGAGUAUUACUUUGGAGGAUUUAUUAAAACUUGCUGAAAAUUUGUGA